CUCCCAUCUUAUAUUUGCUCUGCCCUUCUUUCCAGAGCUCUUUCUCUCCUCUCAAGACCUGGUACUUUCCAGGCUCUUUGUUGAAGCUUAGCUAAGCUUAGCCUCUCCGCAUUUCGCGGUAAGAGAGCUCUUUGAGCAGUCGAGCCGUCUGCUUCUCCGCGCAUUCGCAAAAAUCCGCUCGUUCUAGCUUCCAGGCGAGCUAACCUAAUACCGUUAUGGCACUUUCCUGCGGAAGCUGCACCGUCGGCAAGGCGACCGCCAGCCUGGCGCUAAAAAAGGACGAAACCCUCGCGUCCGCUAAGAGCGCCGUCAUCAUGUCGCCCAUGCCACGUGUCGAGAAGCUCAGCAUCGCCGGCAAGAAGACCGCAGCGGUCGCCGUUAGCGUGAGGUCGCAAGCGGUCGCUACUGCUACCACGAAGCGCGGAGCGGAGGUGGAGUUCGAGAGCAAGGUGUUCACCAAGGAGAAGAUCAACCUCGCCGGCCGCGAGGAGUACAUCGUCCGCGGCGGGCGCAACCUCUACCCGCUGCUCCCCGAGGCCUUCAAGGGCAUCAAGAAGAUCGGCGUCAUCGGCUGGGGCUCCCAGGGCCCUGCUCAGGCGCAGAACAUCCGCGACUCGCUCGCUGAGAUCAACUCCGACAUCACCGUUUCGAUUGGUCUGCGCCCCAACUCAUCGUCCGCGAAGGAUGCGCGCCGAUGCGGAUUCACGGAGGAGGCGGGCACCCUGGGUGACGUCACCACUGUGAUCUCCGAGAGCGACCUCGUGAUCCUCCUCAUCUCCGAUGCCGCUCAGGCGGACAACCACGAGGCGAUCCUCGGCGCCAUGAAGCCCGGAGCCGUCCUGGGCCUCUCCCACGGGUUCCUCCUGGGUCACCUGCAGUCGCAGGGGAAGUCGUUCCGCGACGACAUCAGCGUGGUGGCGGUGUGCCCCAAGGGCAUGGGGCCGUCCGUGCGGCGCCUCUAUGUCCAGGGCAAGGAGGUCAAUGGCUCCGGCAUCAACGCUUCCUUCGCCGUGCACCAGGACGUGGACGGCCGCGCGACUGACGUGGCGCUGGGCUGGUCUGUAGCCCUGGGGUCGCCCUUCACCUUCGCCACAACCCUCGAGGACGAGUACAAGAGCGACAUCUUCGGGGAGCGAGGCAUUCUCCUGGGAGCCGUGCACGGGCUGGUGGAGUCUCUGUUCCGGCGGUACACUGCGGGGGGCAUGAGCGAUGAGGAGGCGUUCAAGAACACCGUCGAGUGCAUCACGGGCAACCUGUCCAAGACCAUCUCCACCAAGGGCAUGCUGGCGGUGUAUGACUCCCUCUCAGAGGAGGGCAAGAAGGAGUUCGAGACGGCCUAUGCUGCCUCGUACCACCCUGCCAUGGACAUCCUCCUCGAGUGCUAUGAGGACGUGGCUUGCGGCAACGAGAUCCGCUCUGUUGUCCUUGCAGGCCGCCGCUUCUCUCCCAAGGAGGGCUUCCCCGCGUUCCCCAUGGGCAAGAUCGACCAGACCCACAUGUGGAAGGUCGGGGAGAAGGUCCGCGCAGCCCGCGCUCCCGGCGCCCUGGGUCCCCUCCACCCGUUCACGGCGGGCGCGUACGUGGCGGUGAUGAUGGCGCAGAUCCAGGUGCUGCGGCUCAAGGGGCACUCGUACAGCGAGAUCUGCAACGAGAGUGUGAUCGAGGCCGUCGAUUCCCUCAACCCGUUCAUGCAUGCGCGCGGCGUGGCCUUCAUGGUGGAUAACUGCUCCACCACCGCCCGGCUGGGGUCCAGGAAGUGGGCCCCCCGCUUCGACUACAACCUCACGCAACAGGCGUUUGUGGCAGUGGAUAACAACGCCCCGGUUGAUGCCGCCAUCAUCAAGGCGUUCAAGACUGACCCCGUGCACGAUGCCCUGGCCGGCUGUGCCUCCCUGCGUCCCUCUGUUGACAUUGCGGUUACCGCUGAUGCCGACUAUGUCAGGGAGGAGCUCCGCCAGUAGUGAGUUUCAGUUCAGCAGCUCUGAAGCGCUGUGGUUGCAAUCCAACGUCCUUGCCUGUUUUGCGCACUUGGAACUGAUUGAACAUUUGGCAAUGUUAGGGAGGAGUCGUAGUUGUCUGAGCACGGACAAGCUGAUAAAGAAACACAGAUUGGUGCUUGAAAAUCAUGGGUGUGAUGCCUUGAUAGAAGCGAGAUGUUCAAGAACGAGGUGUAAGGUUCAGUUAGUAUUUCUAUCAAUCGUUUUGCUAACGGCCAUUUUGAGGAGUCUCCAAGUGACAGAGACGA